AUGGGGCCGCGGCCAGGGCCGGCCCCGCGGAGCGGCCUCCGAGCGCCGAGCGGCCCUCAGGGCGCGGGCUGCUGCCGCCCGGCCCCGCGCUGCCGGCCCCGGCCCUGCGCCGCGCUGCCCGCGCCUCCCAUCGCUGGAUGUGUCCCGCGCUCGGAUCGAUCCUGCGGGUUUUACGGGCGGGUUUACGAGCGGCGGGCGCUGAGGGGCCGGGGCGGGCGCUCCCCAGAACGGCCGCGGGCCCGCUCCCCACCUUCCUCGUGUUGGAAACAGGUGUUUCCGCGCCCUCCCCGGCCCUCCGACACCGUAUCCGUGGCAGCAGCUGCCGCCGCAGACAGACGGAGUCAGGCACGAGGAGACGUGCGGGCCGCGAGGGGAGGGAGAACACCAAGCCCGGGGGCCGCGCCUCAGCCCCGCGCCUCAGCCCCGCGCCUCAGCCCCGCGCCUCAGCCCCGCGCCUCAGCCCCGCGCCUCAGCCCCGCGCCUCAGCCCCGCGCCGCCCUGCCCGCCAGGCGGCGCUGCUGCUCACGCCACUGCCUCUGCUCGGGGCCGCCCGCCUCGGCGGUGUGGAGCGGGACGCGGCCUUCGUUCCACGGUGCCCCGCGCUGGGCCGGAAAGAAUCAUGGGCAGUUCCCCCCAAAGAACCAGCGAGCACACCAGCUCUGCUGCUUGGGCCCCUCCGUGCCGCAGCCUCUUCACAGCAGGAUAUCAGUGGCCAGAGCGGAGGCAUCGCUUCUCCGCUCGGUGGGUCUCUCCCCUCAGGAGGGCUCACACCUCAGCGAGUCUGCCGCAGCGACUCCUUUGCCAGACAGCCUCCUCCGCAUCAGAGGGUUUCUCCCCUCACGGGUCUCCUGUCAGCAGGCCCGGGCAGUUCUCUGUCGUGAAGACCUGAAGGAAAUUGUGAUAUUACCACAUGGAGUAUCCACACGUGCAUCUGCAGAGGAAAUACUCUGGCUUAGAGACUAAAAAGAUUCAAUUUAGGGUAAGAGAGAAGGGGAAAUGAGGACCUCACACAAGAAACGACUUAAGCACCUAAAAGGUUUGUGUAAUCUAAUUUACAAUAAAAAGAUAUUUACAAUGUUAUCAGACAAAGCUUAGCACUGUUAGGUUAAACAGCAUAUAACGUGAUUAGUGGGAGAGUCAAGCCAGUGAUGUCAUACACAUUCUCUGAACUCUUGGAAUGGGCAGAUAAUGUCUCAGGCAUUUAUUUUCUUGUGACACAUUAAAAAAAGAAACUAAAAGAAAAAAAAAAAAGAAACCUCAUCAGCAUAAAGAUUUGGGGGAUUGGGAGGGAAAUGUGCAUAUACACAUGCUCAACAGCUCACAUGCAUGCACACGGCUACAGGGGAGCUGACAACAGACAGUUUCUCACUUUGGAGCAGAACAACCUGUGGUUGCACUCCGCUAGCACAGUGCUAUGUAGUGGUUAAAACAACCCUUGGGAAUUGUUUAGAAGCUCUAAGUUCUAUUCUUGACUAUACCACAGAAGUGGUUUUGACUGCUAAAGCUUUCUUUGCCUCUGGUUACUCCAUUUUUAACAAGUUAGUUAGCCAUGCCCGUAAAGUGCCCUGAGUGAAGAACUGUAUGUGGAUGGAAACCACUGGCAUUCUGUUCGUUAUGCAGAACAAAUACAGUUAGACCACAAAGAACUUUGCUGUAGAUAACAGCAAGCAAUUUCACAGUUAGUAAUGGCCCAUUCAUAGAAAAUUAAUUUUUUAUCUUUCUGUCUCUCAGACGCAUGCAAAAUGGUUUUAAAAAUUUUGGCUAGACUAAUUAAUCUGGUAAGCAAUAUAAAUCUCUGCUACAGGUUCACAUCAAAGAUAAUCUAGCCCGUGUGUAUCUUAAAGCAUGCUUUAGUUUAAAAUAGCUCUUGUUAAAAGCUUCCCUUAAGCUUUAGAAUUAUUGUAGUCUUUUUGAGAAGACAAAUUCUGGAGUGAUUCCAUUCAAAUAUUUUACUCCUCAUUUCCACUAGUGGCAAUGAACUCAGAAUCUAGCCCAUAUUACUUCAUGCAUGUUAACUUUUAAUAGAAACAUAGAGAUUGCAUAAAUAUUCUUUUGGUCAUGCUUGUAUAAAUUGUUAAACUCUAGUGCAGAGAUUCACUAUUCCUGUUUUCAGUGGUGCGCGGAUUGAAUACAGGCUGGACUUCAGCUCGGAUAGAAGUUGCAGAUGUGAAGAAUGAGUUGGGGCCACAGGCAGAGCUCAGAAAGCUUGUAGAGAAGUGAUGGGCAAGGAAGGAACAAGUGGGCUUGGAAACUACGUCUCAUGCAACGUCAGCUCUGCUAAAAUAACUGCCACACUGGUGUGAUUUGCAUCAUUUAUCACAAUGAAUAGUUGUCAUCUUGCUUGCAAUGCUGAUGUGUGCUUAUGGCAUUAAUAUGGAUUUUUUGAGAAAUGAUACACAUUAUUUUUUUCUGACUGCAAGAGAGAUGCCUCAAGAAUAAAUCUUUGUUGUUCAGAAAGUGUAAGCCCAGUGUUUAUCUCUGUGGCUGAUAAAUCAGGAGCAGGGGCCAAAUAGCAUAUGAACAAAGUGAAGUACUGGCCAGUUUGAUCAGCUGUGUAGGGUGUACUAGUAACAACAGUGAACAAAAGUGAAGCCCACAGGUAGUCAGUUUUUUAAAUAAUUAAGACUGACAGUUUACUAUGAUAGCAAAGUUUAACACUGUGUAGGCCUGUACUGCGUCAUAGAUGCUGCUUAUAUGAAAUAGUCUUCAAGCAUUACACAGCUAAUUCAGCAGAGAAUUUUUAUUUUGGACAUUUGUUAGUGCUUUUUUCCACUCUUAUUACAAAUGGAAUAUCUUAUUGUUGCAGAUGGUACUGCCAAUGGAUGAUUCUGAAUGAUGUACCAGAAAAACAUUUAAAAAUGACCUGGAGUAAACUCACAAAGGACUGGGUAUCCCAGAAAUAUUCUCAAACAGAACAUUUCCAGGAAAGACUAUUUCUGACACUCCUUUUCAGAACCAUGCACAAAUAGUUAUCUGAUACCCGGGCAAACAAAAGCUGUGUGGGGGCAGAUUGCACCCAGUGCCUUGAGUCUUGAGAACUCAGCUGUUUUAUGAAUGUGCUUGCACUACUGUAGUGAGAUGUCCUGUGCCUCAGUUUACCCAUUGGUAAAAAAGUGGGGUGUGAGACUUUGUAUUGUAACUGGCCCAGGAAAAUUAUUUUGAAUGAUUUGCGACAAAUGCCAAUUAGGGACAUACACAGUCCUUAAAGUAAGUCACUUCACAAACUGUAAGGCCUGAAUAUCUCUAUGAACAAAAUACCUUCCUCUCAGCUCUCACAGGAACCAAGUUAAUUGGUAGGCCAAUAACUAUAAUGAGGCAAAACCUGGGGUUUUGCAUGUGUAUACUGAGAUCCUCCCCUUGGGGCCAAACUCCUGUUCCAUAUUAUGAAAGCAGUAAAGGGUCUCCUCAGCA